UUCCCCUCACGCUUCACUCACUCCUCACUUAGCACAUCUUCCAAACUUCAAUGCCACCACAAUAUUAGCACCUGUUUGGUUUUUUGUUGGGUAAAUUUACUUUUCCACCAUCCAGAGAGAUCGUGGAGAUGACGGUGUUCACCUCCACUAACGCAGCCGGCGGGUACAUGGCGGGAAAGCAAGUGUUUCCGGUGGAGUACGAAGCAGAGUCGCUCUCUCAGCGGCUGGUCGACGCGGCUCACGCCAACGACUUGAAGCCGGCUUCGGAGUUAAUAUCUAACCCCUUCGUUGACGUUAAUCACAUGGGAACAGUUUUGUUGAAGGCUAGAAAAACCGAGGUGGUGUUGCAUGACGAGGAUGCCUGCGAAGUCCGCGUCGAGUUCGAGGAGUUUAAGACUGAGGUCACGGCGUUGUUCCUAGCAGCUCAUAACGGAAAUGUCGCACUCGUCCGAAAAUUACUGAGUGCUGGAGCUGACGUGAAUCAAAAAAUGUUUCGAGGCUAUGCCACAACAGCAGCUGCAAGAGAGGGCCAUAUUGAGAUUUUGAAGAUGUUAAUUAGUGGGGGAGCAGCUCAAUCUGCAUGCGAAGAGGCUCUGUUGGAGGCAUGCUACCUGGGGCGGGCCAGACCAGCUGAGCUUCUCAUGGCCUCUGAUAUGGUCCGCCCACAUGUUGCUGUACACGCCCUUGUCACUGCAUCUUUUAGAGGGUUUAAAGACUUUGUGGACACACUUCUCAAGUGUGGUGUGGACUGUAAUGCCACAGCCAGGGUGCUGCUUCAAUCUUCCAAGCCAUCUCUUCAUGCCAAUUUUGACUGUAACUCUCUGGCUGCUGCCAUUCUUGGUAGGCAAAUUUCUGUUGUUCGGCUGCUGUUACAGGUUGGUGCCAGAACAGAUAUCACGGUCAGGCUGGGAGCUUGGUCAUGGGACGCUGCCACUGGAGAACAGUUCCGAGUAGGUGCAGGUCUGGCUGAGCCUUACCAUGUAACGUGGUGUGCAGUGGAGUUCUUUGAAUCCAGCGGUGCCAUACUGAGGAUGCUCCUCCAGCACCUUUCUCCUAAUAUUCCCCAUUUAGGGAGGACAAUCAUCCACCACGCGAUUCUCUGUGGAAAUGCCAGAGCAGUUGAGGUGCUUUUAGCUUGUGGUGCUGAUGCAGAAUUCCCAGUCAAAACUAAACAAACAGCGCACCGUCCCAUACAUAUGGCAUCAGAACAUGGGUUGGCCGGAGCUCUUCACCACCUUAUUAAUGCCGGCUGUGAUCUGAACUCUCUCACAGAAUCCGGUGAGACUGCACUGAUGAUUAGUGCUAGAUGCAAGCAAGAGGAGUGCCUAAAACUUCUUACUGCAGCUGGUGCAGACUUUGGUUUGUCCAACAUCGCUGGGCAGUGUGCCAAGUCAAUUGCUGGAUCAGUACGGUGGGCAUAUGGCUUCGAGCGAGCAGUUUUAGAUGUUAUUCGAGAUGGGAAGAAUGCUCGAUCUAGCAAUGCUGCAAUUUUUUCUUCCUUAAUAUUUGUUACCCAAGCAAAUGAUAUCGAGGCCUUGAAGAAACUUCUCAAGCAACCGGAGAUAAAUCUCGACGAGCAAGAUGAAAAUGGAUUCUCAGCAGUCAUGGUUGUGGCGGCGGGUGGUAAUGUGGAGGCUUUUAGGUUGCUUGUUCAUGCCGGAGCUGAUGUAAAUUUGGCUAACAACUAUGGCGAAACCGCUAUUACUUUGGCUGAAAAACACCAGAACAGUGAUGCAUUUGAAAAAGUAAUGCUGAACUUCUUGCGUGCCAAGGGAGACAACAGCUACGGUGGAUCUUCAACUCUACACCGUGCGGCACAUAAUGGCGACCUCAAUCUGGUGCAAGCUUUGAUAAACGAAGGAUAUGACGUCAAUCUUUCUGAUUGCGAUGGAUACACCCCACUGAUGUUAGCAGCUAGGGCCGGAAACAAGAGCAUGUGCGAGCUUUUGAUAUCUCGUGGUGCUAGAUGUGACAUUAAGAAUGCAAAGCUUGAGACUGCACUCUCACUUGCCAGAGAGAACGGUGGUGGAAAAGACGCUGAAGCUGUGAUACUGGAUGAACUAGCUCGAACGCUCGUGGUAGGAGGAGCUCAAGUGAAGAAGCACAUAAAGCAAGGCAAAGGAAGUCCCCAUGGCAAGGUACUAAAGAUGGUUGGAGCUACUGGUGAGCUGAGGUGGGGAAAAUCUAGGAAGAGAAACGUGAUAUGCCGCGGGGCAGAGGUUGGUGCGAGCGCGACGUUCCGGUGGAACAGACGAAAGAAGCUCGAUGCCGAUGAGCCGGGAGUUUUCCGGGUAAAAACCACAAAGAACAAGGAAGUGCAUUUUGUGUGCGAGGGUGGACUUGAAAUGGCAGAGCUGUGGGUGAGGGGAAUUAGGCUUGUGACAAGGGAAGCUAUUUUUGGCAAAUAAAAAAACCUCUGGUGAUUCAUAGCUGCGCCUGCACCCGUUCCAUUUUUUGGUUCACGUACAUAUAUAUAGUAACUACCAUAACAGAAGAGAUGUUGCAUAAAAUCAUCGGGUAGUAGUAGUAGUACCUAGUACGCUGUGCCUGUGCUGUCCAGCUAAUUAAUCCUGCGAAUGCGUCGUUGAUUUGUC